GGGCGCACUAGUGUCUUUGGUAACGCCACACUGGCAACGCUGCGCAUACUUCCUGGUCACGGCUUGGGGAAACAAGGAUAUUUUUGCAUAUUUUCUCUCUAAAUAUUUGUUGAAUUUCGUAGAACUUUAAACAGACGGUACAAAUAUAACAGUAAGUUUAUUUAUAAUCGUUUUAAAACAGUCAUGACCCGAUGGUCACUUAGAAAUGAAUGACUGAUGGGAAAAAGUGUGGACGUGAGUGUCAUAAAGACCAGUUGAAGGACAGCUGCAUCAACCCACUUAUCUCAAUUAAACCUUAGCCCGGUGUGGAAUCACCACACACACCCAUCUGGAUAUUAGAGAGAUCUCAGCUGUCAGAGAGCCAAAAUGACUGUGUCAAACUGGGGUCUGAUCAUGAACGUUGUAAACAGCAUUGUGGGUGUGAGUGUCUUGACGAUGCCCUUCUGCUUCAAACAGUGUGGAAUUGUGUUGGGCACAUUGCUGUUGUUCUUCUGUUCGUGGAUGACCCACCAGUCCUGCAUGUUUCUAGUCCACUCGGCUAGUAACACCAAACGCAGGACUUACGCUGGACUAGCUUUUCAUGCUUAUGGAAAACCAGGCAAGGCACUUGUGGAAUUAAGCAUGAUUGGCCUCAUGUUGGGGACGUGUAUUGCUUUCUAUGUCGUCAUCGCAGAUCUGGGGUCUAACUUCUUUGCUCAGCUGCUUGGGCUGGAGGUGACGCGUAGCUUUCGUAUCGUGCUACUGAUUGCUGUGUCGCUGUUCAUUGUGCUACCACUCAGCUUGCAAAGAAACAUGAUGUCAUCAAUCCAGUCAUUUUCAGCCAUGGCACUUAUCUUCUACACACUCUUCAUGUUCACGAUGGUGCUCUCCUCCUUCAAACACGGCCUCCUCACUGGCCAGUGGCUGAACAAGGUCAUUUACGUUCGGUGGGAGGGCGUCUUUCGCUGCAUCCCUAUCUGUGGCAUGGCAUUUGCCUGUCAGUCGCAAGUAUUGCCCACUUACGACAGCCUGGACGAGCCCUCUGUAAAGAGAAUGAGCACUAUAUUCACCUCCUCACUCAAUGUGGUCACGACCUUCUACAUCACAGUGGGGUUCUUUGGGUAUGUGAGCUUCACAGAUAACAUUGCCGGGAACGUACUGAUGAACUUUCCGUCAAACCUGGUAACGGAAAUGAUCCGUGUGGGCUUCAUGAUGUCUGUGGCUGUGGGCUUUCCCAUGAUGAUCCUGCCCUGCAGACAGGCUAUCAACACCAUGCUCUUCGAGCAGCAGCAAAAGGAUGGCACCUUUGCUGCAGGUGGGUAUAUGCCACCCCUUCGCUUCAAGAGCAUCACUCUUUGCAUCGUUUUUGGCACCAUGUUGGGCGGCAUCCUCAUUCCUAAUGUGGAGACCAUCCUGGGUCUGACUGGAGCCACCAUGGGCAGUCUGAUCUGCUUCAUCUGCCCAGCUCUCAUCUACAAUAAAAACAUAAAUAACUACUGUACUACACAGCUGGUUCUGUGGGUUGGUCUCGGCAUCCUGCUCAUCAGUACCUUCACCAUGCUGUCCAUUUCCUCCAACGAGCCACAGAAAUUAAACCCCCCUCUGGAUAUCCCUGCAAAAACUGAGAACAAGCCUCCCAUCCUAAAUGCCCCUGAGUUGCCUGAAGUACAAGUGCAAGAGAAUAGACUAGAACCUGAUCCAGGAAAGAAGCCAGAUAGGCCACCAAUUGAGGUUGAACAGCCAGUAGAGAAGGCAGCAGCAGAGCCCCCUCAAAUUAAAGUACCUGUGGAAGGGGCUGAGCAAAACAAUAAGGAUGAAAAGGUUCAGCUGGACCGCCCUGAAGCAGGUUUUGCGGUCCCAGAAGGGGAAGCCCAUCGCCAUGAGCCACCCAACCCUCAUGACAGAGUUCAGGUAGAUGAGAUCAAAAACCAGGAGGAACUGGAGGACGAAAAUAAACAACCUAUAGUUGUGGAGGAAGAAAAGAAACUGCCUGCUGGCGAGGAGGAGGAGCUUCUUGCUGAGCAAGGGGCGGGGCAAGCACAAGAGGUGGAAGCUGUAAAAGAAGAGUCAAAAGAAAAAGAUGCGGUGAAAAGGGCUGUCGAUCAGGACCAACAUGCAGUUAAUGAAGUGUUGGACAAGGCAAAAAAUCCAGAGGAUGUGAAGAAGGUUGAGCCCUUGGUGGUCCAUAAAGAACCAGAAGUGCCUGAAGUGAAGGAACAGCAUGAAGAGAAUGAAGCGCCCCGAGAGAAGAAGCCAGAGGAGAUGGACAAAGCCCCUGAACCCCAGGGUGAGAAAUUGAAGGAGCACAAAGAACAGAAGGUUCCAGAUGAAAAGGAUGGAGGGGUGGACAAGGAUGGAGAUGGGGACAAGAUGGAAGUGAUUAAAAAGAUUGUUGCAGAGGGUCAGUUGGACCAUGCUGUGCUGCUCCAGGUAAUUAAGGAGCAGCAGCAACAGCAGAAGAGGCUUCUGGACCAACAAGAAAAACUCCUGGCUGUGAUUGAGGAGCAACACAAGGAGAUCCACCAAAUUAAGGAGGGAGAAGAAGAACCAAAGGCAGCAGAACAGCAGAAAAGACAUGUGGACCAUGAGGAAAAACACUUAGAUGUGAAUGAGGAGGUCCAUCAAGUAAAGGAAGGAGAAGCUGAGCCAAAGGUAGCAGCAGGUGAGUCAGCAAGCAUAGACAAGUUGUCUAGACAUAAAAGAUUAAGGUUUUUCUGGUCAAGUGGUAAAAAAAUAUAAAUUAACAUUGUGUUACCAGUGUUGGUGCUUCCUGCUGAAGUGAUCUUGCAUGCAGUAAUAAAAUACAUCAUGUCUUUUUUAGGAGAGGGUGUAGGUGAGGUGGAGAACGUAGCUGCAGCUGACGCAGGGCCUGAAGACCCAGAAGCAAAAGAGGCUCAUGUCGCAGUUGGUCUUCCCAACAAUGCACUUGAAUUGGUGCAAGAUGCAGGUGUUAAAGUUCCCAAGGAGGAGGAGCUGGAGCUGAAAAACGAAGCAGGGCACGAUGGAGCACCACCUCCAGAGGUCGGUGCCCGAGGUGUUCCUCUGCGUCCUCGAGAACCAGAACUGCCCAAAAUCAAUCCUGACUCUCUUGCAGAAGAGGAGGAAAGAGUAAGGCAGAAAUUGGCCCAACUGGAGGCAGAGAAGGAGAGAAUAGAGAAAGAAAAGUUGGAGAAGGAAAGGAUUGAGAAGGAGGUGCAGGCCCGUGUCGAGAAGGAGCGGAAGGAACGAGAAAGACGAGAGGAACUGGAACGUGAGCAGGAGCUAGAACGUGUGCGGCAGCAAAAGGAACAGCUAGAGAAGGAAAGGCUUGAAGCAGAGAGAUCGAAACUUGAAAGAGAGAAGAUGGAUAAAGAGAUCAUGGAGCGUGCCGAGAAGGAGAAAAGAUUGUUGGAGCACAAGGAGCGGCUAGACCAGCUGCAGCAGGUCAUCGAUGCGCGACAUGCGCAGCAGGGCAAGGGAAGUCUUGAGGAUGAGAGUUUGAAACGGGAACGAGAGAAGACUGAUAAAGAGAUCAUGGAGCGUGCAGAGAAAGAGAAAAGGAUACUCAAGCAGAAAGAACAACUAGAAAAACUACAGCAGGUCAUUGAUGCAAAGGAUGAUAAUGCACCCAAAGCAGAAGUCCUGCAAAUGCCUAAGCAAAAAGGAGGCAGGGACUUGAAGGAGAAUAUAAUUCCACCAGAAGAGGAGAAGAAAGAGGAAAAGAGGAGCCGAGAGGAUGGAGGGCUGGACCUUAAGAGGAGACGCAGAUCUGUGGACCCUGAGGGCGGAGAAGAUGCUGACCUGGAUCUUCUGCGGGACAUAGGAGGUUUAGACUUACACACUGACCUAAAGGGGCAGCUCCUGGCGGGAUCUCUGAUUCACACACGCCAACUCAAACAGACGUUUCAGAGACAGGAGAAUGAAGACUAGAGUAGGUUGUUCCAGAAUUACCACCUCUGGAACCCAGUGAACCUCUCAGUGGACCUCUCAAGUACUUUUGUGAUUUGGCAGUGAGAAGAAUCUCUUUCCUCCUCAUUUGAAAAGUUGAUGCCUUUAUCUAAGACAUAACAUUCCUUUUGGGUUCAUGAUGACAGUGGCACUUUGAUUUGAUCCUUUAGUUGUCCGCCGGGAACACUGACUCCAUAGUCCCUUAUGAGCUUCCAUUAUUGUUUUGUCUGAGAUUUUGCUGAAUCUGGUGCAAUAAAAGUAAUGUCUGGUGUAAUAAACUGAGCAGGCAUCACAUUAAAAACGGACCUUGAUGGGCACACAGGGCAUUUCAGAAUAUUGUGUUUUGGACUGUGGCAUAGGAAAACGGCACAAGUGUACCCCCUUGUGGCUGCUAUGGUAAAUUGUAUGGCAAGUUCUAAAAUGAAAUGUCACUGUUGCAUACGUCCUUACUGAAGUUUUAUCUUCUGUAAAUGAAACUAGAAGCCAAAUUAAUAUUUUUAAAAUAUGCAAAUUUUAUUUUCUUCUAGGAGCUUUGUUUUCUUCUUUAGGAACUAUGGACCAUUUACUGUACAAUAGUGUUUUCAGUCUGCUGUUCUGUAUAAUGAAAAUGGAGUGUUAAUGUUACCUUGGCCAACAUGUUCAGUGGUCUGGUUGCUAGAAUAGUUCUCAUCUGAAACUAUGGUCACUCUGUGUGUGUGUGUGUGUGUGUGUGUGUGUGUGUGUGUGUGUGUGUGUGUGUGUGUGUGUGUGUGUGUGUGUGUGUGUGUGUGUGUGUGUGUGUGUGUGUGUGUGUGUGUGUGUCUUCAGGAUCAGAUUUUCCUUCCAUAUAGUUAACUGUUAGAACUAGUCAGACCAGCUAUAAGUGAAUGAAAUAUUUGAAUAAUUUAUGUUUUUAUUUUUUUUCUUCUUUGGGUUGUUUCAGUGUGUUUAAAAUGUCUGUGACUCUGUUUUAUCACUUUGUGAAAGAAUUCAACUCUCAUCUUUUGAGGUUGAUCUGAAAUUGGAGCUUAUACUCCAGAUUUAAUGUUGAACAUAACAUGAUUGUUUCCCACAGUCAAUUCCUUGUUUUCACUGUGCAGUGCUUUUCUUUUCAGGGUUGCAUUGCUUUUCUCUUGAACAUUCCAUAUUUUUGCCAAUGAAGAUAUGAUUCUGGUCAGUGCCUUAUGGGGUUUCUGUUCUGCAGUGAUGUGUAUGUGAAGUCUGUUACACCCUCACUGUGUGUGGAUUGAAACUUUUUGUCCCCCAUCUGCAUUUUCUAUACCUUGUUGGUUAAACUUGCCAGUGACUAUUCUCUUGAUGAAUUUCCUGAUCUCGCUUUUGGGGAUCUUUUUCUUAUGUCAAAAGAACAAAUAUAUAGAGAUAUGGUAAUAAGAGUUUCAUGGAAUGCUGUCUGUCUUGUCAGUAACACUGCUCACUUAUCCAUAUACAGGUGUUUAAUUACCAGAUGAUGUGUAGAUCUCUUAAAGAGUUACAUGUUAGCAGAUUUCAGAGGUUAAUGACUAUUUGACCCAAACCAUUUUGUUCUUUAAUUGGGAUAAAUUAAUAAAUUAUGUAACAGCA